GUUGUUUGCUGACCUCUGUGCUGGGAGAAUUGGAGGAUCAGUGAUGAAAUCUCUGGAGCUUGAGCUACUUUGGCCUUGUUGAUGUGUUAGUGGUAGCCUUGUCAUUUUCAGAAGCCAAAUCAAAUUGCCGGCUGCUUUUGACAGGGUGGUGAGCUACACUUGGCCUUCUACACGUGAUCUCCUGGUAAAACUGCCUCUCCAACCUGCGUGUGUGAAAUCUACCCAAAAUAAGCACCCAUACGUACAAAAUCGGACAGCUGUACAUGAUCAGCAAGCACAGCCACGAACAGAGCGACCGGGGAGAAGGCGUGGAGGUCGUGCAGAAUGAGCCCUUCGAGGACCCUCACCACGGCAACGGGCAGUUCACCGAGAAGCGGGUGUAUCUCAACAGCAAACUGCCUAGCUGGGCCAGAGCUGUUGUCCCCAAAAUAUUUUAUGUUACGGAGAAGGCUUGGAACUAUUAUCCCUACACAAUUACAGUGUUCCUUUCUGCCGAAAUUCUCCAUUCAUAUAGAAACCAAGUAUGAGGACAACAAAGGAAGCAAUGACAGAAUUUUUGACAAUGAAGCCAAAGACCUGGAGAGAGAAGUUUGCUUUAUUGAUAUUGCCUGUGAUGAAAUUCCAGAGCGCUACUACAAAGAAUCUGAGGACCCUAAACACUUCAAGUCAGAGAAGACAGGACGGGGACAGUUAAGAGAAGGCUGGAGAGACAGUCACCAGCCCAUUAUGUGCUCCUACAAGCUGGUGACUGUGAAGUUUGAGGUCUGGGGGCUUCAGACCAGAGUGGAACAAUUUGUACACAAGGUGGUCCGAGACAUUCUGCUGAUUGGACAUAGACAGGCUUUUGCAUGGGUUGACGAGUGGUAUGACAUGACAAUGGAUGAAGUCCGAGAAUUCGAACGAGCCACUCAGGAAGCCACCAACAAGAAAAUUGGCAUUUUCCCACCUGCAAUUUCUAUCUCCGGUGUCCCCCUGCUGCCGUCUUCUGUCCGCAGUGCGCCUUCCAGCGCUCCAUCGACCCCCCUCUCCACCGAUGCACCAGAAUUUCUGUCAGUUCCCAAAGAUCGGCCCCGGAAAAAAUCAGCCCCAGAAACUCUCACACUUCCAGACCCUGAGAAAAAAGCCACCCUGAAUUUACCUGGCAUGCACACUUCUGAUAAGCCAUGUCGGCCCAAAUCAGAGUAAUUACAUACGAAUAUCUCAUGGGGUUUUAUAUUUU